UCGCUCAUCUUGAUCCCUUGACUCUAGCAAAGCCUGGUAAGCUCGGCAAGCCUGGUUGUCGGGAAUGUGGAUGGAGUCAAGGUGGUGGCCUUCCCCUUCCCUUGCUCACCUUGUCGCCCGCUUUCGCUACACUUAUGGCAUCCCGGAUGCUUACCUUGGCCAGACUACGUACCGGAUGACCGAAGCUUCGGUUAUUAAUGCUCUGGAUCAGGAUAAAUGACUUGAAUGAUGCCAAUACU